CAGCCCAGAAGUUUAAAACUCCAGAGCAUAUAAAAACCUCGGACAAUUCGUUCCUCCUCACCACUCCGACGCCAUGGCGGCCCAGCCCAACCGCAUGGCGCCCUUCGACCGCAUCGCCCGCGCGCUCGCCUCCGACCACCCGCCACCGCCGCCCGCCGCGCUGCACGCCCACCUCCUCCGCUCGCACGCCGCGGCCACCGCGCCCGCUCUCAUCCGCUCGCUCAUCAACGGCGCCAUCAGCCGCCUCUCCAAGCCGCGCCCGCGCGCCGCGGUCGGCCUGCUCCUCCUCAUGCCGCGCCUGCCCGUCUCCCCCGACCACUUCUCCCUCCCCUUCGCGCUCAACGCCGCCGCGUCGCUCCGCCUCCUCCCGCUCGGCGCCUCCCUCCACGCCGUCGCCAUCCGCCUCGCGCUCCUCCCGCUCCGCCUCCCCGUCGCCAACGCGCUCGUCGACUUCUACGCCAAGUGCGAGGACUUCCCCGCCGCGCACGCCGCGCUCGCGGACAUCCCCGCCCCCGACGCGGUCUCCUUCAACUCCCUUCUCUGCGCGCACGCCCGCAACGCCUCCGUGCCUUCCGCUGAGUCCCUCUUCGCCGCCAUGCCCAGCAGAACCCAGGUCUCCUGGAACGCCAUGGUGGUCGUCUACGUCAGCGCUGGUGACCUCGCAUCUGCUCGCCGCGUGUUUGAUGAAAUGCCUACGAGAGACACGGCGUCGUGGUCGGUGCUGAUUGUUGGAUAUUGUAAGCGCGGCUUAGUGCAGAGAGCGCGCGAGCUGUUUGAUAAAAUGCCGGCAAAGAAUCUCGUGGCUUGGACGGCAGUGAUUAAUGGUUAUGCACAGACUGGACGGCCUAAGGCAACACUUGCUUUGUUUAGGGAACUGGAGGCUGCUAGGAUUGAGCCUGAUGCAGCCACAAUGGUUGGGGUUAUUUCUGCAGCUUCACAGAUGGGAAGCACAGAGUUGGCUGGGUGGGUUGGAGCAUAUGUUGACAGGAAGAAGAUAGAAAGGAAUGAGAAGAUUCUUACUGCAUUAGUAGAUAUGCACGCUAAGUGUGGCAAUGUUGAACAGGCACUGAGUGCUUUCAGGGAGAUCGCACAGCCUGAUGCCUAUCCAUACACAGCAUUGAUCAGUGGGCUGGCAACUCAUGGGCAUGGAAAGCUGGCACUUGAAGUGUUUGAAAGGAUGCAGACUCAGGCCGUCUGGCCGGACCCUAUCACCUUCGUUGGUGUACUUACUGCGUGCAGCCAUGCAGGGCUUGUCGAUAAGGGACUGGAGUAUUGGGAGGCAAUGGUGCGGGAUUAUGGAAUUGAGCGCCGUGCGGAUCACUAUGCCUGUGUCGUAGACAUGCUUGGCCGAGCAGGGAGGAUUGAGGAGGCAUUUGAGAUGGUUCAAACGAUGCCAAUGGGGCCACAUCCGGGGGCUCUUGGUGCACUGCUGAGUGCCUGCAAGACAUAUGACAAUGUCGAGAUUGCAGAAAUUGUUGCAAACAAGCUUUUUGAGUUGGAACCUGGGAACACAGGGAACUAUAUACUGCUUUCAAAUAUAUAUGCUGGGAAAGAACUGUGGGAGGAGGCGGAAAGAGUUAGAUCGCUGAUGAGAACAAAACUGCCAUUUAAAAAGCCAGGAUCCACUUGGGUUGAGGAUCGACAGAAGGAGCAUGCCAAGAUGUCUAUAAUGGACUGAGAAUCAAUAGAAACAGAAACACUUAUUUUGGUUUGGAGAUGGUGGUAAGCUAGGCGGUCUUGAAACAUUGCUGUUUAACAGUUAGCAAAGCAAGAGCUUCAUAUCAGCUUGCCACUCAGGGUAUUUCUCAGCUUCACUUCGCUGUUUCAAUUGCAUGAGCUAUUCGUCGAUCUUGGAACCAGUGACCUCCUUGACAACCUUCCCAUCCUUGAGAAUCUUGAAUGUCGGCACAACCUUUAUGCCCAGAGCUCUUUUGCAAGAGGCUGCAAGUAGCAAGUACUGAUGUUUUUCAGCAUGCCAUAUCCAGAUAUCCUACAGAGCACAGAGCAGUGAAUACACAAGAGAGCAAAGUAAUCCAACUGACCUUGUUGUCCUGGCUGCAAUCGAGUUUGAGGAACAGAACAUCGAGGUUCUGCUCAGACAUCUGCUGGAAUUUUGGUCGCAUCACCUUGCAAGGGCUGCACCUGCAACCAAGAGUACCAGAAAAUUAUCAGGUUCUCUUCUUGUUUUUUCAUCUUGGUAAAAGACUGAAACAAAGAAGAGAUCAGUAGAGCUCAGACGAUACCAUUGAGUGUACAUGUCAAGGACGACACCAUGUCUCCUACCGCCUUGACGAUUGGCCAGAAGGUGUCCUUGGUCACCUGGUCACCGCCUCAGCUCCCACCAAGGUCGUCUCCAAGCUGCUUGACCUCACGGCAGUCACCUCAUUUCAGAGCCCGCCAUCACUGUCAGGCUCCACUUCUGGGAUGCUGCCGAGCCUCCAAGCAAGGCUGGGAAGCGCCCGCAGGUGGCCAGCCGGCAUGUGGAGAAGGCCGGCCUCGUGAGACGAGAAGAUGGAGAGGCGUAACGCCAUUGGUUGCUAGGGUGGUGGCCUAGCGGGUGGUGAGUCUGAUAGGAGACUAUAGGAGAAGGACCUUACAGCAGCCGACGAAUGGGUGAGCUUGGAAGGAUAUCCUCCUCCGGUGGCGCUGGACCUCUGGUGUCUUGGCACUUGUGGAAAGAGUUGAACUCUCGUGCGUUUAGAGGUAGGGAAGCAACGGUGCAGCAGCUGCGGAUUAUGAUCAAGCUAGUAGGAGAGAUGUGGAUCUCGGCCGGUGCUACGCAUCUGGGUUGUCUUUUUAGUGAGUAGUAGCCUUUAGUUGUUUUGCACUUUUGCUGUUUGGUUGCUUACAUUGCGUAAUAGACAGUUAAAUGCCCCAGCGCGUAUAUAUGCAUUGCGCAUUGUGUAACCUGAACUAUAUAUGCAUUGCGCAUUGUGUAACCUGAACUUGUUCUUUCUUCUUAAUACAAAGAUACGCACUUCUGGUGUGA